CAUGGACCUACAUAUACGGCUGAGCGUCGACCGUCAACGACAACAACUGACAGACAACCACCAUGUUGGUCAAGUCAACCUACCACGACAUCAGGAUCUUCGUGAUCUCUCCCGACCUACCUGCAUAUCCCCAUGCCAAGUUCCCAGGUAAUCCGAUUGAAGUCGAGAUCUACCAGGUUACUGGGCCUGUCGAACGGUUCGCCGGACAGAUUGCGAGUCAGGGUUAUGUAGUUGCCUGUCCGUCCUCGUACCACGAGUUUCAGGGCCCCGAGGCCAUCCCGUACGACACAGAAGGUGCGGAUCUCGCCAUCGCAUAUCCCGAGAUCGAGAAAGAGCUCGCUGCGUACGACGAGGAUGCGACGCUCACCAUCGAUCUCCUCUCCUCCUUGAAGAACUGCAAUGGGCGGAUUGCUGUGACUGGCAUGUGUCUUGGCGGUCACCUUGCGGCAUUCGACCCCCGCGUCCUCGCCUCCGUAUGCUGGUUCGCAACCGACGUCCACAGCGGGACGCUCGGCAAGGGCAAGAACGACGACUCCCUCAUCCGCGUCCGCAACGGCGAACUGACCGGCAAGGCCGAGCUCGUCGACACCCACGUCCCCCGCGCGGGCCGAGACCUUAUCCGCAAGACCCUCGAAGACGCUAAUGUCACCGUCUCCUUCUUCGAGGUCCAGGCCCAACACGCCUUCAUCCGAGACCAGUCCUCCAAGGGCCGCUGGGACGCCGCAUUGACGCGCUCCCUCUUCGGAGUGAUGAUGGAAGUCUUCGAGCGCACGGUGGGCAGAGACCUUGGCCCGAAGGAGGGCACGAGUGGGGAGGUGGAACACAUCUGCUGAGGGAGUUUCGACACAGCCCUCACGUGCAUGUGGAGGGUCUUGGUAUGAGACUAUCUGCUGAGAAAUGUAUGAUUACGACGAGGAAUGCAUCUGGAGUUGGACCACCCCAAA